AUGGGCCACAUUAUUGAAGCAUCAAUUUGCCUCUCCCACCAUAAAGAGAUACGUUCACAAUGCCCCCUGCGCGACUAUCCCUUUCGGGCGUCGACUAAAUCAAAUGGCCGUCUCGCUGCUGCGAUUUUCAGCCUUGCGUGGGUGCGGAAGGUCGGAAGUCGAGCCACCUCGCUAACAAAGGAGCCAGAAGCCGUGGGGCAG